AUGGCUGAAAUGCUGGAAGAAAAUGUCCAGGUUCCUGGACGAGUUAGAGAAGAGCUCUGUUUACCAUGUACACGAAAGGAUAAAAUGACAGUUGCUACAGUGUUUUGUUAUGACUGUGACAAUUUUCAAUGUAAACAGUGCGCGGACGUUCAUAAAGUUUUUGAUAUUAUGAAAGAUCACAAGAUGGCGAAGGCAAGUGAAAUUACGACAAAACCAGUUAAAUUCGAUAUGAAAGGAUUGACCCAGUGUGAAACACACGGAAAAUUAUUCGAGUUUCUAUGUAAAGAUCACGAUAUGUUUUGUUGCAGUACAUGUGCCAUAAUUAAUCAUCGGGCAUGUGACAGUGUAGUGGAAAUACACAACGUCGCAGGUGUUUCCGAAGAAACCAGUAUGGAAAUACGAUCACGUCUGGUUGGUGCAAAAGAGUUAUGCGAUUCCGCUGUAAUGCAUUGGAAUUCGUCCGAGAUAUCGUUACGUGACAGUGUAAAAAAUCUGCCAGAAAAGAUCAACAAUAUAAGAGCUCAGAUGAAUAAAAGGUUCGAUGACCUGUUGCAAGACGUCGAGAAAGAUAGCGCUACAUUCAUGAAGCUUCAGUUGGAUAAAGGAAAAGAGAAAAUUUCCAAAUGUGACGGCCUGGCUAAACGGUUCCAGACAUCCUUGAAGUUUCUAGAUGAAGUAAGUCUCCAUGGUACAAUUGUACAAAAAUUCAUAGCUGAGCAUGAAAUACAACAGCAGGUCAAACUCGCACAGAAAGAAGUUGAGCAUGAAUGUGAUCAGCUUGAAACUGCUGACAUAUCGUUCAAGUUGAAUGAAAUUUUGACAAUUAAAGAAAUUCUAGAAGGCAAGGAUAGACUCGGAACUCUGAAAACAGAGACAAAUAAAGUAACAGUUGAUGAAGUCCGAGGACAUAGACCUGUACAUCUCGAAUUUAUCAACUCCAUUGACCUUAAGCUGUCUGAAGAUGAUGAAAGUGAGUCUAUGUUAUAUAGUGUAGAUUUUCUUCCUGAUGAACGAAUAGUCGGGAUAGUUAUCAAGGACCGAACAUUACUGAUUUUCAACGAAUUUCUGGAUGAAAUGGCUCGUUAUAAAUUAUCAUACCAGCCACUGGGUGUUGUUGCUGUAUCUGAAGAUACGAUAGCUAUUACAGGUGGGAACAAAACAAUAGAAUUUCUACAUGUCAGUAAGUCUAAUGAAAUAACAAACAUGAAAACGUAUAAAGUAUGUGGAAAAUUCAAUUCAGUUUGUUUAAAGGACGUCGAUAAUUUUGUUGUUGGAGCUUUCGAUGACAUCAAAUUAGCACGUAUUCUGUCACUGUCGGGAGAAGUGAAAGACUUCGGUGUGACAUUUCAUUCCAAAUUAUAUCGUCAUGACGCAGUAUCAUGCACAUAUAUAAAUGAACUUGAUAAAGUGAUUAUCAGCGACCGAGACGAGAAUUUAGUCUAUAUAUAUGAUGUUACAACAAACACUAGAGUCAUCGUCAGGGACAGCAGAAUCCAGGGUCCAAGGGGUGUUGCUGUCGGUCCAAUGAACUGUGUAUUCGUCUGUUGUAAAAACACCGAUUCCAUUGUACAGGUUUCUCCUACGGGUGUGAUCCUAUCAUCACAUAAGUUAGAAGUGAAGUUUCCAUUUCAUGUUUGUGUUUCGGAAGACAAAACCAAACUUGCAGUUUCAAAUAGAUGCAAAGGGAAAAGUAGACUGCAAGUUUUGAAGAUAAACUAG